AUGGAUUUACAAUCAACCAACACAAUACUCCAUAACCGCAAUAUUAAUAACACAUCAAGUCUGAUUACAUCUGAAUAUGAUACUGGCACUGAGGAGGAUUGUGGUAAUCUUUCUCAAAAAGAAAUAUUCGAUAGAUUUGAAAAUUUAUUAUUCUCUGAUGAUAUGGAGAAUAUGACUGAAGAUACUUUCAUUUAUCACAUGAAAUAUUUAGCGUUACAAAUGGAACAUAAUGGCUUGGGCUGUUUGCUUCAAUAUGAUGCUGAAUCGGUUUUAGGUGCAGAACUAGUAGAGGUAAUUAAUGGAUUCUUACUAUUUUUCAGAGCUUAUUUUCCACCUAAUUUUUACGGGAGUAAUGCCUUGGGAAUGUUAAUUGAUAUAAAGGCUGGAGUCUAUGAUGAAGACAAUGUAUCAAUAGUAAAGGAUAUUAUUCACGAGUGGUCAAACUUGUAUUAUGAUGGAAAUGUUAGCAUUAAAAGAUACAUUGAUAAGGUGAAGGAUUUGGUUCUUAGAACCAAAGUGUAUUUUAAAGAAAUGAGUGAAGAUGAGAUGAAGAUAAGAAUCGUUGAUUCAUUGAAAAAGAACUACCCUAAUGUUGAGAAACUUGUUUUCUUCAAAGGAGCAAGUGCGGCAAAUGUCACAUUAGAAAAAAUUUAUAUAGUCAUUUCAAUAGCAUGCAGACUCAAACCAGUGGACCCUACCAUUUCUGAUGGAUUAUCCAAUAGAAAGAUUUCUGCAAAAAAAGACAAAAUACCACCGUAUGUUAAACAUUUGGAAGGGCAUACGUUAUAUUUGGAAGAGGUAUAUAAACUAACAGAUAAGGAAAUAAAAAAUAACUACCUAAUUUCUUACCGAAAAGAAUUGAAAAAUCUAGAAGACAAUGGUGUUUAUGAUAAAAAAGACGCCAUAUACAUAACUGAAGUUAACAAAAAACAAAUAGUGCCAUUACUAGUUUUAUUCAAUGCGAAGAACGAUGGCGAAUAUAAGUGCCAAAUCGUAGCAAGAGGUGAUAAACAAGACGAAUCGACAUUUAAUAGAGAAUUGAGGUCAUCCAAUCUAUCACGUGAUGGACUGAUGCUAAUUAUGAAUAUGGCGUUUGUCAACAAGUUAAAAAUCUAUCAUUUAAAAAUCCAUGAGCCAUACUUGAAUACAGAUUUAGAUAAGGAUAUUUAUGUUGUAACACCAAGUAUUUAUGGAAAGAAAAAUACCGUGUUAAAACUAAAUAAGUGUCUAGGUGGUUUAAGACAAAGUGGUUAUUUGUGGAAUGCUGAAAUAUGUACGAAACUUACUGAAAAUGGGUUUAAACCACUAGACUACUGGUCCUCCAUAUUUAUCAAGAACGUCAAAAACAAGAUGAUAAUUAUUGGUUUAUACGUUGAUGAACUAAUCAUAACAACAAACGAGAAUAAAUUAUAUGAAGAUACUUUGGAUUUUUUAAGCACACUUUAUCAAGUAAAAGUGCUAAACGAUGGACAAGGCAAUAAAUAUGAUAUUCUAGGUGCUAACUUUGACUAUGAGAUAGGUGAAUAUUUGAACAUGUCCAUGAGACAGUUGCCAGACAAGAUCAGAAAUUUGAUGACUAACAUUGAUACGAAUGUCAAAAAGUUACCGAUAGUAAAAAAGUUGGAAAUACCAGAAAAAACCAUCCACAAUAUCACAAAUCACGAAGAAAAGAGAAAAUUUAUGCAAAGAGCAAUAGGAUUAUUAAAUUAUGUCGCUCAAAAAUACAGAUAUGACAUUAUGUUCACUGUAAACUUUUUAUCACGAUACCAACAAUACCCGUCAGAAGAAAUUAUCAAAACAACAGAGAAAUUACUAAGUUAUGUAUACAACACAAGUCACUAUAAGUUAACAUGGAAAUUUCAAGAUAUUAUCCACAAUGAGUUGAGGGUAGUUACAAAUGCUAGCAUUAGCAAUGUUGGAAAGAACAAGAGCCAAUAUGGCAAUUUGGUUUAUUGGAAUAACCUGGUUGUGUCAGCAAAGACUGGAUUAUCAACUAUAAGUUGUAUUGACUCAACUGAGGCUGAAAUAUAUGGUAUUUCCGAAGGUGUUCUGUCGAUAAUGAACUGGUUAACAGGUAUUGAAAAGAUAAGCAAGAAAAGAGAAAUAAUUUUGGAAUGUAAUAAUAAAAGCGCUAUAAAAUUAUGUCUUAGCGACAGGCAUUUAAAAUUGCGGAACAAGUCUCAUGAAUUAAGAGUAUAUCGAAUGAGAUACGAAAAAGCUAGGUUGAAAUUCACAUUUGUACUUAUAAACUCGAAGAGCAAUGAGGCUCAUAUUUUAACUAGGUUUAAUCCGGCUGGGAGUAAUAUUGAAAAAUUCAUGAAAUUACUUGACAGUCGGAUCAUAAAACGUAUUGUAUCUUUUCGAGUUUUUCCAAUUGAAAGUUUGUAA